UUAGGCUGAACGAUUUUGUCUGAAUCUCGGCUGCCAAGACAGUCCCUAUUUUUUGUCUCUCUUUAGAUUUUGAAAAAUGGCAGCCGUGUAAGAUUGAACUUGAUUCGAUGUUAAUGGUUUCGGAGUCAAAACUUCAGUCGUGUUUGUUGUGGUUUUGAAUGCUUGUUUGUAGAUUAAUUACGGACAUUGUCAUUCUUCUAAAUUUUCUUAUAAUUCUAAAAAUUUACUAAGAUAUGUUCAUAUCAAUAUUAGCUUUUCUUACUACUUUUUGGGAAAUGUCAGUGAACUAGAUGAAAAUUUUAUUUCUAUUUUCAAAAUUAAUAAAGUUUAGUAUGUCUGGAAGAAAAGAUAGAAUUUCUGCUUCAAGUAAUUCAUAUGAAAAUAGUAGUAGUGAUGCUGAAGAAUCUGAAAAUGUGGAUGAACGAUGUGGUCGAGUGUGUAAAGGAAGUAGUGGGUGCAGCUCUUCUCCAAAAUUAAAGCCUUGCCUCGUAAGUCGCAUGGGUGACCAUAUAGAGUCUUUGUCUUCUCCUUCAAGUAGUGGAAGUUCUAGAGAUUCCCCACCAUUAAAUUCUGACCCAAUACCAAAGUCUAGUGUAAUUUCUUCUGGGCCCAAAAAUAAAGUCCGGGCCCAUCCAAGUUUUCAAGUUUUGGGACCAGCUCGAAAUCAUGGUAGAGAUACAUGUUUAUCAGCAUUUCCAAUGGGAGCUAGUUGCUCAGCUCCAGUAGCCAAUUCAAGUGCUUUACCUGCUGCCAAUCAGGGAAUUAAUGCACAAUCUGUCAGUGAUGAACGAAUUACUCUUGUUGUAGAAAAUACCCGUAUUAUUGUGGAUCCAGCAUUAUUUGCUGCUCACCCAGAUACAAUGCUUGGGAGGAUGUUUGGAUCUUCCUUAGAAAAUAACUUUACUCGACCUAAUGAAAGAGGUGAAUAUGAAGUUGCAGAAGGCAUAUCAGCUACAAUUUUCAGAGCUAUAAUGGAAUAUUACACAACUGGUAUUAUUCAUUGUCCUCCAAGUGUAUCUGUUCCUGAACUCAGAGAUGCUUGCGAUUAUUUGCUUAUUCCAUUUGAUGCUAACACUGUAAAAUGUCAUAAUUUAAGAGGUUUUCUACAUGAACUUUCUAAUGAAGGUGCCAGACAACAAUUUGAAAGAUUUUUAGAUGAUCUUAUUCUUCCAGUUAUGGUAUCAUCUGCACAGCGUGGAGAUCGAGAAUGCCAUAUUGUUGUUCUAUUGGAUGAUGAUAUAGUUGACUGGGAUACUGAUUAUCCUCCACAAAUGGGUGAAGAGUAUUCACAAAUUGUUUAUAGCACUGCUCUCUACAGAUUUUUUAAAUAUAUUGAAAAUCGUGACGUUGCAAAACAAGUUUUAAAGGAAAGAGGUUUGAAAAAGAUAAGGCUUGGUAUAGAAGGUUAUCCUACUUAUAAGGAAAAAGUGAAAUGCCGUCCUAGUGGCAGGGCAGAAGUCAUUUAUAACUAUGUUCAAAGGCCAUUCAUUAGAAUGUCAUGGGAAAAGGAAGAAGCAAAAAGUCGACAUGUAGACUUUCAGUGUGUGAAAAGUAAAUCAAUAACUAAUUUAGCUGCUGCUGCAGCUGAUGGUGCUUUAGAAACUGUUGCUCCAGCCAAUAUAUCUCCUGCAACUGUCGAUGGAGCCGUUGGUGGCCCUGAAGAUGAAAGAGUGAUUCCUCCAUUUCCAUCUCCUAAAGAACCAUAUCCUGACCGUGUACCACCAGAUGAUCUAUCAUAAUCAUUAUUUAAUCCACUGAGACCUAAGUUUUUAAUAAUGAUCGAAAAUGUAAAUUUCAUUUAGAAAUAUGUAGUUUACAAGAAAAUAAACUCAUAAUUGUGAUUAAAAAAUCCAUUAUAAAAUUCAGUUAAUUAAACUUAUUAUUUUUGAAUUUAUUUGUUACAUAAAGAAAUGAUAAUUUUUAGUUUUUGGCUUUUCUUAACAUAAAACUCUUAAAAAGGUAACUUAAAUCUAACUUCUAACCUUUCUUAUAAUUAUUUAUUGUAAUUAAAAAUUCCGGCCUACGAGAGUAAAACCAAUAAUAUUUUUACGUAGACAGUCUCCAGGGUUGGCAUGGUAUUAACCAUGGGAUGUUUUUACCAGUAUUUAUCAUGGUUUUUACUGUUUUGGGAGAACUUGUUUUUACCAUGAUAAAAAACAUUCUCCAAGUAUUAACUUCAAACUAACAUUUUUCACAUCCCCCAAAAAAUUUAUUAUUAUUUCUGCUAUUUCUGUGAACUUCUUAAAAGCGUACAUAAAGCCAGUAUUGAAACUAGAAUUCGGAACAUAUAAAAUAGGCUUUUAUUGUAACAUUGCAGUGCAAUAUAUAAUCAUUUUAAGAACUAAUGUUCUAAAAAAUUUUGUAAGGGUCGAAACUUUUUUGAUACUCCUAAUAAAAUAUAUUUUGUCCUUAUCGGCCCUUUUUCACCUUUUUUUUUCUUUAUAUGUUUUUCUGUUAUAGAGCAAUAAUAUGACUUCAUAAUACUUAAUAUAACAAUCACAUAUUAUGAGAUCCCAUUUAAAAUGCUAAUAUUAAACUUUAAAAAAUGUUUGUUUGUUACUGGUUAAAAAUUACUAGCCUUCCGCUAUUGUAAAAAUAAAAUAUUUGUGUUUAAGUUAGCAAUAUUACUCGAAAUAGAGAUAAUUAAAAGACAUUUUCAUAUGUAGAAAAGACAUAUCAAUGUAGAAAAGUAAGAAACAAAGCAUCAUUUUUCUUUGUUUUCUUCUUACAAUCUUAACCCAAAAUGUUUAUGUUGCAAACAUUUGUAGGGAGUUAUUAACUUAGUAGUCUUAAUCCCUAAACGAAAAAUACCUAUGUUAUUUUUUGAAAUUUUGUUACGUACUUCAAAAGAAUGUGCCUUUACUUUUGUUGGUCACAAUGUAUCAUGCCAUCUAUUUUCCACCUUAUAGCUAACUAUUCAGAUCAACAAUCAGUGUUAUUAGUGAAGUCAAAAGCUAUUGCACUUCAUUUUAUUUUUUCCUAGCAAUUUGCAAAUAUUUUUUAUAUUUUGGCAAUUUAUUGUUAGUUAUUAAUUUAUUUGAGUUUUAAUAUUAGUUAAAGUGUAGUGUGUAGAAGAGAAUACAGUAUUAAGGUAAAACAAUGUCAUUUAGCAUUAAAUUGGUUUACUCACUUAUUACUACUUAUUAAUAAGUAAAAUAAUUUUUUUUUCUUAACCUAAUUUUAUAAAAAUAAAUGACAAAAGAUAGGUAAGAUGAAUCUUUAUUUUUCAGUACCCUUAUCCCCACUGUGGGAUUUUUAUUGUUCUAAUUAUUCUUUUAUAAAUAAAAGCAAGAAAAAAAUUUUAUUAAUAUUGUUCAAUUCUUUUUUUUAUAAAAUUCCAAAAAUUAUAAAGUUCGAAUUUUAUAAAAUUCCUAAAUUCAUGAUUAUUUUCUGUAUAUAAAUGCAGCUGUAAUAAGGUUAUGGUAUAUAGUGAUAUGAUAUAAUAAUGUAAUUUAUAACUAUGAUUUUUAAAUUAAAUUGAUGGUUGUUGGCUGAUAUACAUAUAUAUAAAUAUAUUUUAUCUGAUAAAUGAUUAUUAACUAAUUAUUAAUAUUAGCUAUAAUACGGAAGUAAUGUAUACUGCUCUCAGUUAUAAAUAACAAAACCACUAUAUCUAUAAAUUAAUAAACUUGGGUAUUAACCCAUUAUAAUAGUAUUUACUAGGGUUUUUCCAUGGUUUUUACUGCUGAAAGCUGGUUUUUGACUGGUAAAAACCCAACCCUGUCAGUCUCUUGUUAAAGGCAUACAAAUAUAAAAAAAGCAUAAAAUAUUAUUUUUUAAGCAUUAAUAUUAUACCAAAUGUUGUCCAAUAUUUUAGAUGCUGGGUCUCAGAAGGUUAAAUAUGCAAUUUUAUAAUGGUAUAUCUUUCAAGUGUAAAUAAGUAAAUAUACUUUUUGUGGUAAAGUCUUAAAUACUGAUAGAAAUUUCAGUGCACAAUUUAUUUUGUACUGUACUAAAAUUUCUCUCUGUUAUCUAAAUGGUUCAGCAGCUUUUAUGAUCAUAUUCAUCUGCUCUAUUAAUGUAUGACUGGAGUUUUAUAUAUUGUGUACUCAUAUUAUUUUUUACAACCUUAAAGUGCUCUUUAAGAAGCUUCUCAUUAAAUAUAUUCUUAACAUACAUUGGUAGACAUUUUAAAAAUAGAGUGCAUUUGCAAAUUUACUAACAUUAAAAUAUUUUUUAAUAAAUUUGAACACUGGGUGUUUAAAAAUUUCUUAAGUUUUUUCAUUUUUAAUAAAUGAAAAAAAAAUAUUCAAGUCUAAUAUAACAUUUAACGAAAAAUUUUACGAACCAGUUUACGAAAUUAACUCUAAAUCGCCAAAUAUGUUUUAUAGCUAAUGGAAUGUUUACCUUACCAUUAGAUACCUUGUAUUUUUUAAUUUUUAUUUCAGUUUAUCCUGUGUGUUAUUGCUACAAAUGUGCUUAAGGUUGAUGAAUUUUAAAAUUCACAUUUGUGGUUUAAUUCAUUAGUUUUAAAAAUAUGUAUGUGAGAACAUGGUGCUCUUUUAUAUUUGUGAUUAUAUCGCUAAUUGUUUACUACUUCAAUUGCAUCAUAUCCAUUUAACUUCAUAUUAUAUUAUUUAUUUUAAUAUUUUUGUUUUCUAAGUAAUUGUUUAAGUCAUAUUUAUUUUUUUAUAACUUGUGAAGAGAACGGUUUUGUUUAAUUUUACGAUUGGCUGGUAUCAUUAUCUCUGUUUUUAUCACUGUUUAUUAUUAAAAUUAUUUUAAAAGAUAUUAAAAUAAUAUCUAAAUGUAUGUGGUGUGUGUUUAAUAUGUGUUAUUCCAGGAAAGCAAUAUGUUUCUUUUCCUGUUCUUUAUGUGGUUUUCUCUGGAAGUUAAAGCAAGCUGUCUCUUUGUAUUGCAGUUGUGAUGGCAUAACAUUUUUUAAAAUGUUCAAUAAUAUUAUUAUUAUCAUUUCAUUUGUGAAUUCUGUGAUUUUCCUUGUUGUUUGUACUAUUGCUGUUGUGAAGAAAAGCUCGUGUUUAAAAUAUAUAUAUAUCUUUUUCAAAGCAUUUAGUUGAUAAUUUAUUUGAAUUGUAAAUUUGGUAGCACAUAGCUGAAUAAAUUUGUUUCAUUUUGCUUAAAA